AUGGAGUCUCGCGUGGUAGACCAUGUUCCCAAACUGGUCGGCGUCGCUCUGGUUGUAACGUUUAUAUAUUCCGGUUUAUCCAAUCCCCUUUCCAAGCUGCCCGGUCCUUGGUAUUCGAAGUGGACAGACCUGGCUGCCAAAUAUCACUACUACAAAGGGAACAAAGUGUUCUAUGUCCACAAUUUGCACAAAAAAUUCGGCCCGUAUGUUCGGAUUGGACCAAAUGAGGUUUCCGUGGCCGAUCUCGAUGCAACCAAGAUCAUUUACAGCACCAAAGAGACGUUUCGCAAAACCAUAUUUUACAGACACUUGACUGCACAGUCCAUAGCGAAUAUCUUUACGACUGCCGAUGUUGACUAUCAUCGGAAAUUGAGAAGACUCAUGUCCGCACAAUUGUCCGAGUCGUCGUUGAAGUCGCUUCUCCCAGCAAUAACCUCUCGCGUAGAGUUGGCGAUUCAGAGGAUGAAGGAGGACAUGGAAACUCGAGGCUUUGCGGAUGUCUUUAAAUGGAGUCUUUUUAUGACAACGGAUGUCAUAGGCGAGCUUGCCUUUGGCGAGUCGUUCCAAAUGUUGGAGAAAGGCGAGAAAAACCAGUACAUCCACGAUUUGGAGGGAGUUGGAGCGUUAUCUGCCGUUCGAGUCACCUUCCCAAGAGUACUUGCUUUGGCUAGAAAAUAUCCACUGCCCAUCUUUCAGAAGAACCUUCAACAAGCCAGACGCAUUCUAGGCUAUGCUGAACAGUCUCUUCAGCGCUAUCAGUAUUAUAUUGACCAAAACCCAGAAGCGCCAAAGCAAAUAUUUGUCACCAAGAUGUUCAAGGCCAGAGAGGAUGAGAAGUUGUCAUUCUCGGAGAUCGUCAUAAACGCACAGUCUUUUAUUGUAGCCGGCAGUGAUACGACAUCGAAUUCCCUAACCUAUUUGCUCUGGUCCGUUUGCCGGCGACCUGAACUCCGGGAUGCGCUUGUGAGAGAGCUUCAAACGUUGCCCAAUGACUUCACCGAACAUGAUCUGCGAGAGCUGCCUUUCCUAAGCCAAUGCAUCGAAGAGACGCUUCGUCUCUAUUCCGCAGUUCCAGCACCACUUCCUCGGGAGGUCCCUCAAGGCGGAGUAGAGCUCGGGGGUUACUGGCUCCCAGGUGGUACCACGGUGGCCACCCAAGCGUACACGAUGCACCGGCAUCCAGAGAUUUUCCCAAAUCCUGACGAGUUUGAUCCCUAUCGGUGGGCGUCACCAACAAAAGCUAUGAAGGAGGCCUUCAUGCCAUUUGGUCGUGGACCAAGAAGAUUGCACUUGGCGUAUAUCGAACUUCGGCUCGCCACGGCACGCUUCUUCCAGGAAUUUCCGACUGCACAUAUAUCUGCGCGUGAAGGAAUGUCGGAUGAUGACAUGAUUGAGACCAUCUAUUUUUUGAUGAGUCCCAAAGGAAAGCGGUGCUUGAUUGAAAAAGCAUCAUGA